AUGAGCAUGAUGUGGCAUUCUGUUUCCAGCUUGAUGCCCCUCAUCGAUAAAUCCAAAGUGGAAUGCCUGAACGAAGAUGCACAGCACUCCAUUCGCGGCAUCAUCGAAGGAGCUUCAGAGUCGGCAUACGUGAGCUCAUCGAAUGAGGACCCUCAGUUACUUAUCAAGCUCGGUUUUUCUAACCCCGUAAAGCUUUCUUCCCUAAUGAUAAAGUCUCCGCCAGGGAGCGCUGAAGCCGGAGAGGUGCCAAAAACUGUCAAACUCUUCACUAACAACCUUGCGAUGGGGUUUUCGGAAGCUGAAUCUGAAGCUCCAAUUCAAGAAGUGACACUCGAUGAGAACGAAGUUGAAAGUGGAUGCACCAUCCCCCUUCGGUUCGUCAAGUUCCAAAAUGUCUCCACUCUUGUCAUUUUUGUCGAAAGUAAUAACGGUUCCGAUCAGACAAAAAUUUCUGAGAUUGACGUCUUCGGAGUUCCUACGGAAAAAAUGGAAAUGAAAGAAUGGAAACCCGUGAAAGAAAGUGAAAGGCUCGCUCCAAAUGACACCUGA